GCAGGUCCUGUCAGCUUCGUAGUGAACGCGCAGAGCGGACCGUGAAGGAAGCGCCCAUCCGUUCUCCCGAGCCGCCCUCCCGCUCCCGUCCCUCGUUGCUGCUGCUCAGGGCUCAGUGUGACCCCACCGGGACCGGCCGCUCCGUCCCGCCGCUCGCUCCGUGCACACAGCGCACCGCGCUGACCUGUCGGGACCGCCCAGGUGUCCCAUAAGGCCCCGCGCGCGGCGCCCCUCCCUCUCUCUGCGGGCCGUGCCGGUCGGUGCCGCCAUCGCGCAGCCGCCGCCAUGCCUGCCCUGCGGCCUCUCGUGAAGCCUAAAAUCGUUAAGAAGAGGACCAAGAAGUUCAUCCGCCAUCAGUCUGAUCGCUAUGUCAAGAUCAAGCGCAACUGGCGGAAACCGAGAGGUAUCGAUAACAGAGUUCGCAGGAGGUUCAAGGGCCAGAUCCUGAUGCCCAACAUUGGUUAUGGGAGCAACAAGAAGACAAAGCACAUGCUGCCCACGGGAUUCAGGAAGUUUCUGGUCCACAAUGUCAAAGAGCUGGAGGUGCUCAUGAUGAGCAACAAGUCUUAUUGUGCAGAGAUCGCUCACAACGUGUCUUCCAAGAACCGGAAGGUCAUUGUGGAGAGAGCAGCUCAGCUCGCCAUCAAGAUCACCAAUCCAAACGCCAGACUGCGCAGUGAGGAAAAUGAAUAAGGCUGCUACGUCUGGGGUGUGUUUAAUAAAGUGUAAAAACAAACUGA